UGUGAAUCUAGAUUAUACAACCUCUUUGUGAAGUGUGUUAGCAAAUUAUUCUCCUCACAGAACAAACAAACAGCAUGGAUGUUUUUGAAUUGAUCAGUCUUUUGAAUAGUUUCGGCCUUCUCGUGAUUCACAGCUUUAAGAUGCUUUAAUGGAGAGAACAGCUCAUUUCUGGCAAACACAUGGGCCAUGGUGAAUGUGAGCAUGGAAGACCGGGUGGAGGUAUAUUUAAAAGGCAAGGCUGAAAUCUCCUGUAUCUACACUCUGAAGGAACCAGCCAAGAUGAUAGUCUGGUCUACGAAAUUGCCAGACAGGGAACAAAGCAAGAAAGGAUUCUUUGCCUAUGAUACUGUAGAGAACAAGAUCAUUGACGAGGACAGUGAAUACGCCGGACGCAUCAACUUCACACACUCUCAUGAACCACAGAACUCACGCGGAAGUGGCCUUCUGAUCAUCGACAAUGUGCAGCUGAGUGACCAGAAGGAGUACACCUGCACAGUGCAUGAUGUGUCGACAGACAGCGGUGAAGGACACACUCGUCUCCAAAUAUUCAACUCGCCAUCUCUACCUGUGAUUGAAGGUAUAUACACAGGGAUUUCAGUUAUUGAGGAGAAGCCGUCAAAGGUUGCACACUGCAUAGUGGACAAUGGAUUUCCCAGACCCAUUAUCACAUGGUACAAGGACAGAUUGCCUCUCCAGCAAUCAGAUGGUGAGGUAAAGAUCUCGGAGUCAGAGACAACCAAAGCCAACGGCCUGUUCACAGUCGAGAGUAAUCUGUACAUUAAGGCUCAAAGGACAGAUAAAGAUGCUGUUUUCUACUGUGAGGUCAAAUACUCUGUCCCCGGUGGAGUAAGAAUGACAGAGUCCAAGAAAAUCAACAUCAGUGUUUACUACCCUACAACAGAAGUAAAAGUGUACGUAAAUCAACCUGAUAGGCUUAUUAAAGAAGGCGACACUGUGGAGAUCUGGUGUGAGGGAAAUGGAAACCCUCAGCCCGUUUUUACUUUCACACAUAAUGGGGAAGAAUUGAACGAAAAUAAUCAAAUGCUGCUUUUGGAAAAUGUCACACGGUCAGACAGUGGGCCGAUUGUGUGUCAGUCAGAUGACUUUGAUGCAGAAAUUAACACUGAGGACUCCGUCAAUAUCAUGGUGCACUAUCUGGAUCAAAUUGUGGUGACAACAGAGAAGACUGUUCUACACCAGGGGGAAGAUCUUGCUUUAACCUGCAAUGCUUCAUCUUCUUUAACCACUCUGACAGCAUGGUAUAAGGAUGGCACACGGCUGGUGGAGAAACAUGUUUUGGAGUUACACAAUGCCUCCUAUGACACUGCCGGAGUGUAUAUGUGUGAAGUGACCGUCCCUUCCCUGCCUGAGCUACAAGAACAAAAGUCUGUGCAGAUCAGUGUGCGAGGGAAGCCUAAGUUCACAAAGGAGAUAGAAGUGGGUCCAGUGAAUAAAGCAGAGCGCUCUGUUAACCUGACCUGCUAUGCAGAAGGCUUCCCGUUCCCCACCAUCACCUGGACCCUCUCUGACCUACGGACUGGACAGCCUGUCCCUGUGCCGGAAGCGGAGAACCAGAUGACGGACACUGGUAUUGUCAGCAUGAUCUCUUUGAGGGCCAUGUCUGAACUCACAGCCAAGUGCAGCGCUGCCAAUGAGCUGGGGACAGAGGAUGUUACUCGCAAGAUUAAAGCAUAUGCACGUGUGACAACAACUACAACCCAAGCCACCAGCACAAAAGGAACAAGAUUAACCGUCCCACCAAAACAACCACAAACAGGAGGUGGAAGUGGAGUCAUCAUAGCCGUCAUCAUCAUCUGCCUCCUCCUCAUAGCCAUACUGGGCAGUGUGCUCUACUUCCUCUACAAGAAAGGAAAGCUGUCCUGUGGACGGUCGGGAGAGAAGGAUUUCACGAAGGAAAAGGCCAGUAAGGAUGAUAUUGUGAUGGAGAUGAAAAGUGGUAAAUCUGAAGAGGCAGUGCUUCUACAAGGAGUCAAUGGAGACAAAAAGUCCCCUGCCGAAUAGAGUCAAAGACUGAAAACUACAUGCAUAUGUGGAGAGCCGCUAGCAGCCACUGUCCUACAGAGCUCCUUCUCAGGGUGAAUCCCAAUCUGAGUGCUCAAAGACCUCACAAUACAUCCACAUCUUCCACUCUACUCAAAUACCUACUCAAUUCUGCCUUUUUCUGCCCAUGUUUUAUGUUUGGACUGCUAUAAUCUGAUUCAAUAUACAGCAAGAUGAUCCAAAAAGCACCAAGUUCAUAAUGGACUCCACUCCAGUAUUUACAAAUUGUAUAUAAAUUUGACAUACUGUAUAUAUUUAGCUAUUUAAAAUGCCUGAGACAUCUGAAAGGUUGCACUUGAGUCUCUUUGUUGAGGGGCAUUUGAAGAGUCAUAAUUUGCUGUGCUGUCGAUGUGUCUGAUCUGAACCUGCUCUCACCUCUGCCGCACCAUUAGUCCAUGCACUGAGCCGUCUGUACCACUGUAAACCUUCAUCUGUCCUCUGAUGACUGAAACGGCCCAAUGAUAACACUUGAGGGCAAUUUCCCUACAAAUAAAUGAUCAGUGAAAGGCUCUGA